UGGAAUAGAAGAAAAGGAACGGAUGGCAUGCCUUAUUCUCCAAACCAUUUCCCUACCGUUUAUUCCCGCUUCCGCCCGCUGCCGCCUCUCUCUCUAAUCUUCUCAAUCCUAAACAGCAUAUUUCCUGAAAUCCUGCUCAUCUUGUUCAAUCGCGUGUUUUCUUUUUUUUUAAUGAAGCAGUCAUAAAUCCGGUCGGUGACGGUCGUUUUCUGCGUGGCGAUCGACUGGAUCAUGUUUAAAGGCGGAGAGAAACAGGAGACUUGGCCUCCACAUGACUCCUUUCUCUAACAACAUACGUUAUAUAUUGGUUGGGAUUUCCUUGCUGCCACGGAAAGCAGAGCCCCUCCCUCUCCCUUUCAUACCGUUCGAGCGUGGGGUUUAAUAGCUGGCAUCGAAGGAGAGGAGUUCCCUUCGUUGUGAUUGAUCUAACUAAAAAAGGAAGCGGAAUUUGGGUGGGAUUUUUGUUCCCCUCUGUCUGUUAGAGAAAUAGCUAUCCAAAAGGGUCAACAGCAACAUAGAAUUCUCGUGGACCGAUUUCUUCUCGUCUCCUCCCCUUCUUCCUCCUUCCCCACCCCAAUUCUCAUCUCCUCCCUCCCUCCGUCUGGUGUACAAGGGGAAGGAGGAAGGACGAUGACUUUCCUCGCCUCGUCCAACCUCCAAUGCUUUCUUGAUCGCACCACGCCGGUCGUCCCAUCGCGAUCCCUCCCAAAGUCGCGCCUGGGAGAGUUGAACCGGCUGUGGCACCCAUGGGAUUCCGACACCGUCGAGUACUUCACGCUGCAAGAUCUCUGGGAUUGCUACGACGAAUGGAGCGCCUACGGUGCUGGCACUCCCGUCUCUCUCAACGGCAACGGUGGCGAGGAGACACUCAUCCAGUACUACGUCCCGUACCUCUCUGCCAUCCAAAUCUACACUAGCGCUUCAUCUUUGACUAACAUCGGGAGCCGAAAGGAAGAGAGAGAAACCGGUGUUCCCGAGAUGAGGGAAUUCAGUGAUUCUUGCAGUGAUGAUAGUGAGAGUGACAAGCUAUGGAGAUCCAGUGGUAGUUCUUUGGAGGAUUGUGAUUUCGAACAGGACAGCUUGUGGCAUUUACGGGAUAGGUUGGGCUACCUCUACUUCCAGUACUUUGAGAGGUCUCCCCCAUAUGGAAGGGUGCCUCUCAAGGAUAAGAUUAGUGAACUGGCCCAAGCAUUCCCAGGAUUAUUGACGCUCAGGAGUGUGGAUCUAUCUCCAGCUAGCUGGAUGGCAGUGGCUUGGUACCCAAUUUAUCACAUCCCCGUAGGCAGAACCGUGAAGGAUUUGUCAGCAUGCUUCCUCACAUACCAUACCCUCUCAUCUUCAUUCCAAGAGGCCGGGCCCCACGAAGAAAUGGAAUGCGCCGAAAGGAAGCAGAGGGACAUUAAAGGGAUGGCACUCCCUCCGUUUGGCCUGGCCACUUAUAAGAUGCAGGGGAGUGUGUGGGUCUCGGGAGCCGACGGCAGGGACCACGAUCGAUUGCUGUCACUCUUUAGCGCUGCCGAUUCGUGGCUAAAGCAGCUAGGGGUUCAACACCAUGACUUCAAUUACUUUAUGGGGAUUCGCCGUGGCUGAGCUGAGAGAUCUUGCAUCCAUUCCUAACUUCCAGAUGCUCGUAGCAUCAAAACGGAAAAAAGAAAAAAAAAGGGAAAAUAAGAAACUCAAAAGUGGGAGGACCUUCAUGGCGGACGGCUGGAUCUUCUUUGGAACGUAGCUGGUGAUGGUGUUGGUCCCAUUCUGCGAUGGACCAAAAUUUUAGCCUCUUGAGCUUGGUGGCACUGCAUGGUUGAGGUUGCUAUCCCAUUUAGAGGAGAAGAAACGAGAAAGGAGUAAUUUGAAACUUUCGUGAUACUCCUCUAGGGGAUAUGAAUAUGAUGAGAAAGAAAAGAAAAAAAAAUGGGGGGAUACAAUUCUGUUUUGAAAGUUUGGAGUCCUGAUGGGACCUAAUUUUGCUUUCCAAUACUGGUCCGUAACUGUUUGCUGUUCUGCAAGUGCAUGUUUAAAAAAAGAAGUUAUUUUUUUUUGCUACAGAAA